AAUACAGUGACUUAUGAGGACGUGCAUGUGAACUUCUCUCAGGAGGAGUGGGCUUUGUUGGAUCCUUCCCAGAAGAAGCUCUACAAAGAUGUCAUGCUGGAGACCUACAGGAACCUCAAUGCUAUAGGCUUUAAUUGGGAAGACCAAAAUACUGAAGAACAUUGCGAAAGUUCUAGAAGACACAUGAGGCAUGAAAGAAGUCAGAGUGCAGAGAAAACAUUUGAGUAUACUCAAUGUGAUAAAGCCUUCGUUUUACAUGCUCACAGUCAUGUGCAAAAGGUGCAUGAAACUCAUACGGGAGAGAAACCCUAUGAAUGUGAUCAGUGUGGUAAGGCAUUUGCACGUCACUAUAGUCUCCGACAACAUAAAAGAACACAUACUGGAGAGAAACCCUAUGAAUGUAAUCAGUGUGGUAAAGCCUUUGCAAAGAACACUCAGCUUAAAUGUCAUGAAAGAAUUCAUAGUGGAGAGAAACCCUAUGAGUGUAAUCAAUGUGGUAAAACAUUUGCAUGUCACAGUAAUCUCCUGCAACAUAAAAGAAAACAUACUGGAGAGAAAUGCUACAAAUGUAAUCAAUGUAGUAAAGCCUUUACAAAUCAGAGUUGUCUUAAAAGGCAUGAAAGAAUUCAUACUGGAGAGAAACCCUAUAAAUGUAAUCAAUGCAGUAAAGCCUUUUCACAACAUUUUUAUCUGCAAAUGCAUGAAAUAAGCCAUACUGGUAAGAAACAUUAUCAGUGUAAACGAUGUGGCAAAGUGUUCCAACAUCUCCAGACUCUUCAUGUGCAUGAAAGUACUCAUAGUGGAGAGAAACCCUAA